GUGGGUGUUUAGUUCUGUGAGUAUUGAAGAUGUUGUCCGCAGAAGGAUUAAUGAUCGUCUUCACAGUGUCAAACCCACUUUCAUAGGUCAUUUACAGUUAGUUGGUUUUACAUUUGGUGACAUCACGCCAUGUAUUCGUAAUGUAAAAGUGUUUGAGUGUGCCGAUGGUGUACAAGGAUUCAAACCUGCGUCCUGGUCUAGUGUAACACAACCUCCGGCUGGUCUUGACAAGAUGUCAAGUUUCCAGAUUGUGCUCGAGGCCGAUAUAGCGUCAAGAUGUGAGGAUUUUCGUAUGGUGUUUCGAGCCAGAGCAGGCGGAGAAAGAGUUGGUUUAAGUUUUGACACAGCUGUAGAAGAAUUACGUAUAAAAGGCAAACUUCAACUAAUGCUGCAUAUGACAAUGGAAGUACCCUUUCCUCAUAUCACCAAGGCAACAGUUUCUUUUUCUGAAGAACCAGAGGUAUGGUUUAAUGUCACAGUAUUGAACGCUCUACAGCUGAUGGAGGUGCCAUUGAUAAAGUCUUGGAUACAUAUUAAUGUAAUGGAGGGUAUUUCUAAAGCUUUGGUUGAUCCUGGUAAAAUUGACAUACCAAUUGCUUCUGUGGGACCAGUAAAUGCUCAACAAUAUAUAUCACAUAACAAACUUGCUCAAGGAGUAUUAACAUUACAAUUAAAAGGGACACCAUCUGAAACUGCAGAUGAAGAUAUACAUUAUACAAGGUUACGUAUAGGGAAAUGUAAGAGACAGUCUGGUGAAGUUUUAGCUACACAAGCAUGGGAAGAUUGCUGCUCUUUCUUUAUUUAUGAUCUCUCAACAGAAAAGUUGAAUAUCAAACACAAGUGUAAACGUUUAUUAAACACUGUGACAUUAGAGCAACAUGACCUUAAACUUUCAUCUUUCCCUUUUAACCUAGAGAAACAGAUUAAUCAGGAAGUAGAGAAUAUAGAUGGGAGUAAAUUAAGUUUGACAUUGACGUAUUCACCCCUCCCACCCAUUAACCUGGAAGAGGAGGAACCAGUAUGUGUUCUACAACGAUCUGGGGUAUUAUAUGUAUGUGUUCAUAGUGCCAGUAAUGUUAUUGCCAUGGACAAGUCAGGGUCAUCUGAUCCAUAUUGUGUUGUAUUCUGUGAUAGAAGAAGGGUUCUAACCACACCAUACAUACUUCAGAAUCGAAACCCAUCAUGGCAGUCACAGACAGAAUUCUUUGUCAGAGAUUUCUCUCAGUGUCAGUUAUCAUUUUAUGUAUUUGAUUGGGACGGAACUAAUACUAUCAAUGAUGAUUUUCUUGGUUCAGCUAUGCAUGCCAUGUCGGAGAGGGAGCCCUGUGUACUUAACAAGGCUCUUGUCCUUGGGUACAACAAGAGAGGUGAAGGUCAUGUUACAGAUGUAUCACUUGGACAAAUUUAUGUAUCCAUUAUCUUCCGCCCAGUGCCUUCAGUGGAAAAAUCAGAAAGGUACAGAUUGACCAGUACUGAUUCUAUGAACAACAACAACAACGAGUUUCUGUAUGUGGAGGACAUGGUAUCACCAGGUACUCGGAGCGUAAUUGAACAUGUGCAAAAUGUCAACAGUAUACACAUGCAGGCGGCUGGUAGUAGAAAGCAAAUCAAAUAUCCCUCCACAUCUUCCAGAGAGUUUAUGAAAGAUCGAGUAUUUGUUGACCUGUGUAUUCUUCAAGCAAGAGAUCUUAUUCCGAAGGAUAGAAAUGUAUUCAGAGAAUAUGAUACCAGACAAUUCAUGUUGGUUGUCAAUGUGCAUUCACGUUUUCUGAAGUUGUUUUUCUGUUUUGUACAGGAGUUAUAUGACAAGGAUAUAAUGUUCAAUGAUUUCCUAGGAAGAAUAAACUUGUCACUUGACCAAUUGAAGGAGAUUUCUCUCAAGGGAACAUCAGACUGGUUUUCUUUACAACAUGUGAAAUCUGGUCAACUGCAGAUAACAUGUAAAGUGACAGCCCCAGAAACUGUGAAGAAAGGUGGGAAAUCUGUGAGUUCUAGAAAAGAGAGCAACAAAGACCAGUCAAAGUCAUCUCCUGUAAGAGCUACAUCAAUAGAAAGUGAUGUUUUUAUUACACCAGCAAAUACUCAGGUUUUAAAAGGUGCUCCACCACUCAAAACUGUAAACAACAACAACAACAGUCAGCCCACGAACCGGAACCAUUUAGAUGUGAACUACAACAAUCCGGAAACAUCUACCCCAAUCAAAGACAGUCCUUUACCAUCAUCAGCACUGAAUGAAAGCCCUGUUCCAGUUACUCUACGUAGGUCAGCAUCCGAUGUUAAUGUAGGACGUAGACCCUCUCAAACCAACUCAAUGAAUUCCUUUGCAGCAUUCCAAGACUUUGACACAACAGUAUCACAGUUGGAUAUGAAAAACUUCUAUACAGUCAGUGAUAGUUCAGAAAAUAUUGAUGUACUUUCACAAAACAAUAGUGCUGACUCAUCAUCUUCAGAUGGUUUAGCUGACCGCAUGUUCAAUGUGACAGGAAAAGUUCUCAGUGUGCAGGGACUGAAGUUUAAUGAGGGAACAAUUUACUGCAAAGUGAGGGCAAUAUCACCCAACAAGCGCAGAUUACGACAGAUAUUUGGAAGUCGUGUAAUAGCGAAAUCUCCAAUGAUCAAAGCAUCACAACCAACUUUCAAUCUGCCUAUUGAUGUAGACAGGGGUAUAGGUGUUAGUGGAGAAACAUUGCUCAAAUUUGACAUAAAGAGAGAAGGAAAAGAACAUUUAGCAACUAAGGCAUUUACCCUGCGGUCUUUAUUUAGUGGUCCUGGUGGAGAGGCAGACAAGAUACAGAAAGUGUUGCCUCUAGAGAACAAUCUUCAGGUAGAAAUAUAUCUACAACAUACACCACCAGAAAGUAACACUUUCCUGCGACGUCGACAUGGUGGUCGUAGUUUGGGAUUUUCAAGAUCAGCCAGGAAAACAGUUGUGUAGUCUGUGGUUUUAAAGAUGUGACAAACAUGGUCUACUGGAUAGAAAAUGUCAUCAUCUCUAUGCUUACACUUUGUAAUGGCAGCGAUUUUUUAUAAUUCGUUUUUUUUUAUUCCAGAAUGCCGGGAAAUAAUGGAAGUAUUGUCCUCUAUUUGAUUGUUCUACUUUUUAUGCCCCCACAGAGUGGGAGCAUAUAGCGUUGCACUUGUCCGUCAGAGUGUCCGUCCGUCCGUACGUCCCGAAAUCUUGUGAACGCAACUCCUCUUAAACCUGAUGGCAGAUUUUGCUUAAACUUCCAGGGAUGAACAACCUUAAUGUGUAGAUGGUAGUAAAGGAAGGAAUUUUUGCUGCGACCAAAAUUAACAGAAUUAUGGCCCUUUGUUGAUUUUUUCACUAUAUACUAUGUAGAAAUUUUGUGAACGCAACUCCUCUUAAACCGGAUGGCAGAUUUUGCUUAAACUUCCAGGGAUGAACAACCUUAAUGUGUAGAUGGUAGUAAAGGAAGGAAUUUUUGCUGCGACCAAAUUUAACAGAAUUAUGUCCCUUUGUUGAUUUUUAGUUUUAAAAUAUUUGACCUAGAGUCAUAAGAUUGACAGAACAGUGGCGUGUGGGGGCAUCCGUGUCCUAUGGACACAUUUCUAGUUCUUAAUGUUAUUUUGAUAAUAGUCAUAUCAUUAUGAAGUAAGAGUUAUCUCAUUUCAGAUUUUUGUGUCUAUAUAUGAAUAAACAGAGUCUUUUAUAGAAGUGUGGAUAUGCUAUGGGUUUCUUUCAUUUUUUUUGUCAACAAGCCUCGGCAUAAUCUUGCAGGUUUAAAA